AUGGCAGUCGGCUCGACGCGGGAACGAUUUCCCAACGACCUCCUCCUCGUCCAGUUCCUCCGCUCGGCAAAGCGGUGCGCCAACCAGCGGCCCUUUAUCCACGACCACUUUGGCUUCGACAAGAGCCUGGAGGAGCUCAUCGCCGACAUACUGCGCAUGCGCGACCUCGUGCGCCAGCAAUUGCCCACAUCUGCGUUUACCGAGCGAGGCAUCCUGAAGGAGGAGGCGCCGUACGUCGCUGUGCUGACGAGGAGCGGCUAUGAGUUUAUUGUUGCCUUUUUUGCGGUGCGAGUACUAGGAGGAGCACCUAUUCCUUUUGGCUCUGGUAUCCUCCCCGAAGAGGCCCGAUACUUUGUCAACAGCUCCAACGCUUCAUGCAUCCUCGCCGGCCGAGAUUGCUACGAGAAAGCCGAGCGGAUAGCCGCUCUCACCAGCGGCUCGCCUGACUCCAAGACGAUCGUAUCAAUACCCAUCUCAUGCGAUGCCGAGCCCGUAAAGGAGAUUGAUGUCACCAUUGACGAGACGCUUACGAUGGAUCCUCGAGGGCCCGGGCUGGUCAUCUUCACAUCUGGCACAACAGGACCUCCCAAGGGCGCCGUCUUGCCUCGGAUCUGCAUCGUCUUCCAGCCGGAUGCCCCUGCAAACUGUCAGACUGUCUGCUUCCGUCCGCCGCACUGGCUGGGCGGCGCAAUCAGCCUCAUCGAACCCAUGCUCACGGGCAAGCAGCUGCACAUCCUGAGAGAGAGAGCCGGCGUGGAGAAGAUAUGGAAAGUGAUUCGUGACAACCGCAUCACAGGAACGGGAUUCACGCCCGGAGUCUUGCGCGAGAUGAAGGAGUGGCUGGAGGUUCAGAGCGAGGAUGAGCAGGAAGAGUACAUCAAGGCGUUCAAGAACAUUGGCAUCAUCCACUGCGCUGGAGCCAUGGUGUCGCCCUCGGUGCUGAGGUUUUGGAAGAGCAGGACUGGAUUGGUGUUUAACAAUGUGUAUGGGUCAACGGAAGUUGGAGGACUGGCGACAUUCAAGAUCCUUGAUGGCACACAACGUUCGGAUGCUAUUGGUGUAGCAUUUCCGGGCAUCAAAGUCAAGCUGACGGCGGGCGAUCACGGCGAGAUUUGCGUCAAGAGCCCAUUCAUGCUGACACACUAUAUUGGCGAUGAAGAAAUGACAAGGGCCGCCUUUGACGACGAGGGGUAUUUCAAGACCGGGGAUUUCGCCCAGCUCAGGGACGGGGAAUACAUCUUCUCAGGCCGCGCCAACACUGACUAUAUCUUGUUCCGCCACUACCGCAUACCCAGCGUCCAGGUCGAGGUCGCACUUACAGCUCUCCCCUACGUAACCGAAGCCUGCGUCCUCGGCGUCCCCGACCACGAAGCAAAACAAAUCUGCGCCGCCGUCGUCCGCCUCACUCGCGACCAGGAGGAACUGCAGGGCCGAAACAGCGCGCACAGGAUCGACCUCGCCCGCCUGCGGACCGACAUGAACGAGACGCUGCCCAAGUGGAUGCUCCCCGUGCUGGUCAAGGUCCUCGAGCCGGGUGAGGAGAUGCCGCAGACGGUGUCGCAGAAGCCCAUCAAGAAGCAGAUUAUCAAGGCAUGCUUUGGCGUGGAGGAGUCGUGGUCCGCGGAGAAUGAGGUGCCGGGGGUUGAGUACUGGGGGAGCAUGCCUUCGCCGGAGGAGGCGGACACGAAGCCCUGGGACUGGCAGGGCUUGCAGCGGGCUGAUUUCAAGGCGGAGGCGUGA